UAGGGUUGUAGUGUCACUUACUGUACACUUUAUGCAGCUAAAGCUUCUCUGCAGGACAAUGAUGGUAUUUGAAUUAUGGCUAAGGCAAGGUGUGCUUGUGCUCAUGCUGAGUCUACAUGGAGUCAGCAUGGAGCACCUCCAAGCUGAGAACUUGCAUCUCCUACCUCUUGAUCAGCACAAUGUGGUCCUGAACCAGGGAAUGAGAGUGCUGCCAAGGGAUUGUCAUGAAAUGCUGGUGACCUCUUCAGGUAAUGCCAGAGACGGGGUCUACCUAAUCCAACCUCGGGACACCCCCAUUGUGGCAUACUGUGCCAUGCAGGAGGGCGGCUGGACCAUUGUGCAGCACAUCACCGUCAACAGCAGCGUCAGUUUUGACCGCGUCUGGGCUGACUACAAGCACGGCUUCGGGGACAUCACAGGAGAUCACUGGCUCGGAAACGAAUACCUUCAUCAGCUCACAGGAGGCCCGGGGCACUACACACUUGGAGUCAAACUAGUGGACCGAGAUGCCGUCACAAAGAUGGGAGAGUACGACCCUUUUCUGGUGGAGGAUGAAUCCUCGGCGUACAGGCUGAGGCUGGGGUUGUUCCAGGGCACAGCUGUGGAUGCCCUCACCCUGGACACGGAGAACUACCUGCACGACAACCAGAAAUUCACCACAAAGGACCGAGACAAUGAUAACUACUUCCAGAACUGUGCCAAGCUGGAGUUCCAGGGGGUGGCCGGAGGGGGUUGGUGGUACGACGCAUGCGCGGGUGCCAAUCUGAACCGCAGGAAUGUCAUCUACUGGCAAAAGGACUGCAACAAGGAGCGGCUGUGCAAGUAUGCAUGGAUGAUGGUCAGACCCUCACACACUCCCAAAGUUGUUCACAGUAAAGACGAGCUAUGA